AUGGACACGACUCAAAUGCAGGAGCACCAUCAGGCGGCAGGCCCGCUGGCUCCUGAGGAGGCUUUGCGGUGCGAGACCCUCAACAUCUUUCGCUCGCAACUUCACCAGCUGUCGCGCCACAAAGAUCGUCUUAUGCCUAAGCCGGAUGGUUCGUUCCCGGGGGAUUGGCUACGCCUCGCUUGGGAGUAUCAAUCCCUCGCCGAGCAGAUGAUGCGAUCCCAGCGGUGGCCUGGAGACUACCCCGAAGGCCUCCUCGCUUGCGUCAGCGAACAAGUCAAGUAUCUCCGUCGGCGACUGGGGAACUUCUCGUCGAUUCCCGACGAAGACAAGAAAGACAAGUUUCGGCGCGUCUACGUGCUGGCGGCUCUGGGAAUCAUCGCGAAGCUGAAGCUGGUGACUUUCUGUUGGACGUUUGUGGAGUUGAAGCGAGGCGAGCAGUACGCCGCGUACGCGUCGAGCCAGGGCCUUCCAGGGAACAUGCUUUCGCAGGCCGGGUCCGGCCUGAUGCCCGACGACUUGUCGGGGUACUGCCCGAACCUCCCCGCGUUCUCGCAACACGGUGUAUGUACAUCCGGCUGCGGACCGGACGGCUGUCCCCACAAGCACCCGGCGCGGCCGGGCGACGCGAGCGGCGUGAGCGCAGACGGUCUCCUGGACAUGCAGGGUGCGGGGUUGCUGAUGGGCGCGAGCGGCACGGGGAGCCUGAUGCUGCAGGGCGGGAACGGGGCGGGGCUCGGCGCGGGACCGCUGGGGCUCUACGACCAGCAGCUCGUCCCGCCGGGAAUGUCCCUGGAGGAUUUGGAACGGACCGAGUACACGACGCGGUCGGGGAGGAAGACGCACCGCACUGCAGUGCGGGCCGAAAAGAGCUAA